AGCAACACAAUAACUAUACGUCAAACGUAUGGAUUAUUUAUGGUGGAACGUUUCUGCUGCAGUGUAAAUUAUUCAGUCUUUAUUUUUGAUGUGUUUUUAAAUUAUUUUUGAGUUUUGUAAUCAUGAUGGAAGGAUCUUUGAGUAAAUGGACAAAUGUGAUGAAAGGGUGGCAGUAUCGCUGGUUCGUACUCGAUGAGAAUGCUGGUUUGCUGUCGUAUUACACAUCAAAAGAAAAAAUGACGCGGGGCGUGAGAAGAGGAUGCGUUCGGCUCCGGGCUGCAGUUAUCGGCAUUGAUGAUGAAGACGACUCCACAUUCACCAUCACCGUCGACCACAAGACUUUUCACUUUCAGGCGCGGGACGGCUCAGAAAGGGAACGCUGGGUGCGUGCCUUGGAAGACACAAUCGCUCGACACGGCCGAAGGGAGCGCUGGUCACGCUGCGUGCCCGCGCCGGCGCACCGGCACGGCGACCUCGAGCGGCGCAUCUCAGAGGCCGACGCGUACCUGCAGAUCAUGAUAGAACUUGUUUCUAAAAUGACCACAAGAGUGUCGGAGUUGGCCGAACCACAAGACAAGAAUAAAGGGCAAGUCAUAUUAGAUCACUCUAACGCAAUGUUGGAUAAUAUAAAACAUUCCAUUGUGCUUCUUCAAAUUGCUAAGAACACCGUGAAUCCUGUCAAUGGAGUGUACCAGGGACCAACAAAUCCUUCGCAAACACAUAUCAAAGAAGAUCUAUCUCCCCGUGUUGAGCUGGGGUCGGAAUGCCUAGAGCUGUCGACUCCUACACUCCCUAUAACGCCCCUCGAACAUAUCGAUUCGCCUAGACAAGCGAUGACACUUCUGGUGCCGGAUACAUCAUACUCGUCGUCGGAAGGUGAAGACGACUUCUACGACGCGGACGACGAACUGGUCGAUAUCGUCGCUCCGGGCCCGAGUGCAAGUCGUACGUGCGGCGCGGAGGGCGCGUCGGUGCAGGAGCCGGCGUCGCCUGCCGCCGUCGAUUUACCGCGGACCAGAGAUGGAGAGAUCGACUAUGACGCCCUGUACGAGGACGAUUCAGACAGCGACCUGGGGUCAAUGGAGAACCACGGCUCGGUCGUCACACACCUACUGUCCCAAGUUAAAAUUGGCAUGGAUCUCACUAAGGUUGUGCUACCAACAUUCAUCCUGGAGAGGCGAUCACUUCUUGAGAUGUAUGCGGACUCCUUCGCACACCCUGACCAAUUUAUUAAGAUAGUAGACCAACCAACCCCCCGUGACAGAAUGGUGCAAGUGGUGAGAUGGUACCUCAGCUCGUACCACGCGGGCCGCAAGUCGCAAGUGGCGAAGAAACCUUACAACCCCAUAUUGGGCGAAGUUUUCCGUUGCCAUUGGGACCAAGACGGCGAAUCAGUUGAAAGCAAUACAACCAAGCAAGAAGUAGGUGACGGCCCCGUCCCGUGGUGUUCACCCGACCAACUAUCCUUUGUGGCGGAACAAGUGUCCCACCACCCGCCCAUAUCAGCCUUCUAUGCGGAGCAUGUCAACAAGCGUAUACAGUUCGAUGCCUGGGUGUGGACCAAGAGCAAAUUCCUCGGCCUGUCUAUAGGAGUGCACAACAUCGGCAGAGGACUGGUCACUCUGCUAGACCUGGGGGAGGAGUAUACCCUCACAUUCCCCAACGGAUACGGCAGGUCAAUAUUAACAGUUCCAUGGAUAGAACUCGGCGGGUCAGUAGUAAUAGAAUGCGUUCAAACGGGACACAAAGCAAAUGUGGAGUUCCUAACGAAGCCUUUCUACGGAGGCAAGAAACAUCGCGUGACGUGCGAGAUAUUUGCCGGGAGCGACAAAAAACCGUAUUACAUUGCUCAGGGGGAGUGGAAUUCCAGGAUGGAGGGGAGAUGGACUGAAUCCGGGCGCACCGAAGUCCUUUUCGACGUGACAAAUAUGAAACCACGUCGCAAACGCGUUGCGCCCAUUUCACGUCAAGCGGCCAACGAGUCACGCCGCGUGUGGCGCCACGUCACGGCGGCGUUGCGAGCGGCGGACACCGACGCCGCCACCACGGCGAAGCGGAGACUCGAGCAGACGCAGAGGGACGCGGCCAAGAAACGCGUCGACACAGGAGACCGCUGGCUCACGCAGCUAUUCAGCCCGAAAGGCGAAGAAGGCUGGGAGUACACCGCUCCUCUCAGCAAGCGCAGCGAGCCCGCCGCCAGUACCACUCCUACACGGAAUGCCACAGACACUGAUACCAGAUAAUGGAGACAAGUUUAUAUGGACUCUUAAACUUAAGAACGUUAUAGGCAGGGACGGUUACCGUUACAAAAUGUUUUAAUGUUAAAAUUACCACAACGUUUCGUUACAUUACGUUAAAACGGCAACGUUAGCAGUAUAUUAAUACUAUUUAUCGUUAUAACUUAACGGUGAAUGCGCGAAAAUGCUACUUUGUACACGGCGUCGUUAGAUAAAGGUGUAUGAUUACCAACGGUAACGUUAUUAAUAUAUAACGUUAUAUUCUUAUCGUUACUUGACGAUAAAUACGCGAAAAUGCUACUGUGUACACGGCAUCAAUAGAUAGAGACAGAUAUAUAAUUACCGAUAUAAGUAUUGUUACUUUUACCGGUAUUAAUAAUGGAAUCUAGAUAGCGUUAAUGGGUGUAUAUUGUGUGAGUAUCGUUAUUUUUAAUGUUAAUAUAACGGUACUUUGGUAAAGCUAUAAAAAAACGGUAAUGUGAUCCUUGAUAAUAGUGACUUCACAAGCGACAAAAUCUUCCAUUUGUCGGGUUGAUUCUAUGACUAUUAGAAAAUUUGUAAUUAAAAAAGGAUUCGUG